AUGUAGAUUUUCUACAAGAAAUGUAUUAAAUAAAAGAAAUAGCAAAGAUCGGAGAGGGAUGCUUUGGAAAAGUGUAUAAGGCAAUAGACUUUACAGAUAAUACAGAGUGUGCUGUCAAGGUUAAAUACUGUUGUAAUUAUUAAGGUUGUUUCUAAAACACUUUUCAAAGAUGCAUAAGUUGAAUCAGAUAUUUAUUAGUAGUUAAAUCAUCCUCAUAUAGUCUAAUGCAAAAGAGUACUUUAGAUUUCUUAUGAAGAUAACAGAAAAUAAGAAUUAAUUUUUUUUAAUUAUGGAACUCAUGAAAGGAGGAACAUUGGCUCAGCGUAUGAAUUAAGAACAUAAUGAUGAGGACAUCGCUAUUAUUAUGAAAGGAAUUCUAUUGGCUGUUCACUAUUUACAUGAGAAAAAAAUCAUUCAUAGAGACUUAAAACCAGAAAACAUCAUGUUUGCCACAAAGGACAUAAGGACUGUGAAGAUUGCUGAUUUUGGCUUAAGUUUCAAGUUUGCAUCUGAAGGUAUGUUCUAUAGUUUGCUAAAUAAAAAAUGUGGAACUGUCAUUUAUAUGGCUCCUGAGUAAUUUAAAGAGAAAUUUGUACUAAAUUCUAAUUAAUAGGUAGUAUAGUAAAUAAAUUGACUCUUGGAGUUGCGGAAUUAUAAUGUAUAUGUUACUGAAUUCUGGUUAGCAUCCAUUUUAUAAUUAUAACGACACUAGAGAUUAAGUGAUCAAUAAAAUUAUGAAUCCGAUAUUGCAAUUCUCAGAUCACAUGAGCCCAUUAGCAAAAGAUCUAAUCUAAAAAUUAACUACCAUAGAACCCAUUGAAAGAUAUAGUGUCGGAUAAGCAUUGAUUCAUCCUUGGAUUACUCGAAAUUUCUAAGAUAAAAUUCCAUUAACUUAUAAUGAGCAAAUUUCAUAGUUUAUUAAGGAUCAGUAAAUUCGGAAUGUAAUUACUUUAACUAUUAAAAUAGUCAUUUAAAUUACUAUUCUUUUUACAAUAUCUAAUGAAAAAUUGCCCCAUCUAACAACCUUAUCCAAAUGAUGAGAUAAUAUAAAAGUUAAGUGAUAAGAAAAAACUUUUGUAGGAGUAUUAAUCCAUACCCAAUCCUAAAUCAUAAAAAUUAACAAUGGUUUCAAAUAUUCAAAAAAUAAAAAAUUUGAGGUCUAGAAGUCCAAAAGAUUAGAAAUAAAUGUAAAAUUCAAAAUCAAAAUCAAAGCCAAAGACUUCUUUUGAGAAUUUAACCACACUAGAAGAUUAGAAGUAUACAAUAGCUUCAUUCAAAAAGUGCUUUUAACAAAAGGCUCCAGUGAGACCAAAAACAAUCGAUAAGAUUUUGAAUGACAAUACAGCUAAAUCUAGGUAAAUUGUAAGGCAAAAGUUAGAGUUGCCUCCUUUAAAAAAAAGAUGAUUUCAAUUGCUC